GUUGUGUAACUCCAGCGGUAAAUUGCCUUGCACCAGUACCACUGCUUCCUUCUCUAUAUGUGCAGUACUAAUAAACUCCGACCGGGUUUCAACACUGACGGACUUCGAACAUCUAGAGUGUUCUAUCUAGGUACUUGAUCUUCCUACACUUCUCACUAACCUACGUCCGACGACAAGAGAGCCUCAAACUCUAUAGUCAAUAUCCCAUACCAAGUCCGACAGCCUGUAUCUGACGCAACUGGGAGCAGUCUGCUUCGAAUAUGUCCCAAUGGAUCCUAGAAAGGGUCAACCGAUAUCUAACCAAUCUCGAUCGAAACGUGCCUAUUCACUCCAAAGACGACAAAGUUCCUUACGUCGCUGACAUCCAGCUGCAUCGCUGGAUCCUCGUUCACGCCGGCGUACCUCUGCUCAUCCACCAACUCUACGCAUCUGCGACCGGCAACAACCUCAGCCCGAUAGCAGCUUUCGUCUUCUACUUCUCCGUGAAUACGGAUUCUUUGACGGCGACGGACACGCGCGAGAUCGCACGACCCGCCGACAUCGACGGAUUGGGCGUGGCUCCUCCCUCACCUUUCCUCAUGCUCGGCGCCGGCUGCGCCUUGUUCUACCUGGGCAUGUACCUCCCCUUCAACCACAUCAUCGUGCAGGCGGAAUACGAAGGCAUGUCCGCCGGGCUGGCCGGGUAUCUCAUCCCGAUCCUCAACGGCGCCAGCCUCUUCGGCCGCCUCCUCCCCGGCAAAGCGGCCGACCGGCUCGGCCGGCUGAACACCAUGAUCGCCAUUGACAUUCGCGAGAUCGGGGUGCGGUCCGGCACCCUCUGGUUGAUCGUGGCGGUUGCGGCCCUGGUGGCCAGUCCGAUCGGUGGCGCGCUGGAGGCGCGGGAUGGAGGUGCGUUUGUCGGAAUGCAGGUCUUUGCUGGUGUGGCUAUGCUGAUUGGGACGGGCCUUUUUGUGGUGAGGAGGUGGGCCCUUGCUGGAUGGGAUCUGUUUGCGAAAGUCGUUGACGGGUCAAUCUCGGUCGUGGUCGAUCGGAUGACCUUUGCGCAGUGGCAGAAUGAUCUGAAGCCCAAGGUCCACGGCGCAUCGACCCUCCACCGUGCCACCGGGCCACCGGUACGAGGCCUCGCCAACUACGCGGCCGCCAAUUGUGAUCUGGACGCACUGAUGCGGCGUCACCGGCGACAGGCCGGUCUGGCGGGCUCCGCAAUCGAUGCCGGUAUGGUCGUGGGCGUGGGACUGGUCGCGCAGAAUGCGGCCCUGCAACGGACCAUGGAGCGGCUGGGAGGAGGGACCGCCUUUCACUAA